AUGGCUGAAGCCCUUAAGAGAGCUAAAGGUUUUAAAUCUAAAGAUCCCUUUUUCAUGAUUUGCAUGCGACCAUCGUUUGUUGGAACUAAGCUUAAUAUGAUUAUACCAUCUGUCUUUGCAAAAAAUUACCUCCUCAGUACUAGUAAGCAUCAAGAUGUGAUCCUUAAGGUUCAGGAUGGAAGGACCUGGUCUGUGAAAUACUAUUUCAGAUCGCAUGGCAGGUCUCCAAAAACCAGAUUUGAGGGUGGUUGGAAGGCAUUUGCUGAAGACAAUAAUUUGAAAUUAGGUAAUGUUUGUGCCUUUGUUUUGAGAAAGAGUACGGGGAUAAUGUUGUUUGAAGUCGUUAUUUUUUGUGAAAAUGGGGUAGCAAAUUCCCCUAUGUUACCAGAACUUAAUGUCAUGACAAAAGAAAGCCGAUCAAGUAAAGUAGAAUCUUGUAGCACCAUGAAGGAGCAAGCUCUUGAAAGAGCAAGUUGUUCUCAAACUAAAAGGCCAUCCUUCAGUCACUAUGCGUGCAGUUGCUUGCCAUACAAGUUUGUGGAGAAGUACAUUAGUAAGAAAGAAUGUGAGGUAAGGCUUUGGGUUUCGGAUGGUAGAUCUUGGUUUGUCCAAUUAAGGGUGAGGCAAAGAAAUGUGUUACCCAGAGCUGAAUUAUUAAGCCAUGGCUGGAAAUCAUUUGCACUAGACAAUAGUCUGCGAGCGGGUGAUAUUUGCACAUUUGAACUUACUAACAAUGGCAAUGAAAUUUCAUUUAAAGUUUCCAUUGUUAAGAUAGCUGAUGAUGCAUGUAACAAGCAAGUUGCAAAUAAGAGAAGAACAACUACACCAUCCAAGCGAAAGAGAAAUCCUUGUGUGAAAGUUGAAUCUUCUUUUAAUUAUGAUAAAGCCAACAUGAUUCCACAGAACCUGAUUGCAAAGAUAGAACAAGAGAAAAUUAAAGUUGAACCUUCAGGUAUGCUAUGA